CCCGGAUCGGGGCUGAUACCCAGGCGCCGAAGGAGAUGGGGCAGGUGCGACCGGCUCAUAUUUCAAUCACAGCGGCCUGCCUUUUUAGAAAGUAUAUUUUCUUUAAUCCAGUAUAACCCAGAUAUUAUCACUUCAACAGGGGACUGGAGCCUAUGGAAAGCUUGGAAAGCUUGGAGAAAACACGGACAAGUGGAACUUUCCGGCGGUCUGAAAUCAGACCGGGCGGUGGCAAAGUAGCUGUUCUGCGCCUGCGCCGAACUUCCCGCAUGCUCAGUAGCUGAGGGCACAUCAUGGCUUCCAGUCACACUGUGUUGAUGCGGUUGGUGGCUUCAGCAUAUUCUGUUGCUCAAAAGGCAGGAACGAUAGUCAGGCGUGUUAUUGCUGAAGGAGACCUGGAUAUCGUGGAGAAGACCUGUGCAACAGACCUGCAGACCAAGGCGGACCGAUUAGUUCAAAUGAGCAUAUGCUCUUCUUUGGCACGGAAAUUCCCCAAACUAACAAUUAUAGGGGAAGAGGAUCUGCCUCCUGAAGACGUGGAUCAAGAGUUGAUUGAAGAUGGUCAGUGGGAGGAGAUACUGAAGCAACCAUGCCCAUCACAGUACAGUGCUAUCAAAGAGGAAGACCUUGUGGUCUGGGUUGAUCCUCUGGAUGGUACCAAGGAAUAUACUGAAGGUCUUCUUGACAAUGUAACAGUUCUUAUUGGAAUUGCUUAUGAAGGAAAAGCCAUAGCAGGAGUUAUUAACCAGCCAUAUUACAACUACCAGGCAGGACCAGAUGCUGUGUUGGGGAGAACAAUCUGGGGAGUUUUAGGUUUAGGUGCCUUCGGGUUUCAGCUGAAAGAAGUGCCUGCCGGGAAACACAUUAUCACAACUACCCGGUCCCAUAACAGCCAGUUGGUUACGGACUGCGUUGCAGCUAUGAACCCUGAUGAUGUGCUGCGGGUGGGAGGAGCAGGAAAUAAGAUUAUCCAGCUGAUUGAAGGCAAAGCCUCUGCUUAUGUAUUUGCAAGUCCUGGAUGUAAGAAGUGGGAUACCUGUGCUCCAGAAGUCAUUUUACAUGCUGUGGGAGGCAAGUUAACCGAUAUCCAUGGAAAUGCCCUUCAGUAUAACAAGGAAGUGAAGCACAUGAACUCAGCUGGCGUCCUGGCCACACUGAGGAAUUAUGACUACUAUGCAAGUCGAGUUCCCGAAUCUGUUAAAAAUGUACUUGUUCCUUGAAGGGAAAUCUCGUCGACUCAGCCAGGAGAAGGACUUGCUCCUCAAAAACCAAUUGGAUGGAAUUUGAGCUCUACCUUUACUUCAUUCGUUGUUGAUCACUGAUUUACAUUUGGUUACUUAGGAGUAGAAAACUGAAUUUUUAAACGUCUUGAUUAAUGAAUCAACCAGACCAAUUUUGACAUCUGGAAAACUUGUAAAGUCAGUAUAUUUCACAUUUCAUUUUUCCUCCUUUUAUUUGGAGCAGUGAAAGUAAAGCUUAGUUCCAACUGGCCAUCCUGGUGCACUGUUGAAUCAGCAUUCCUGUUUUGUAAACCAGAUUUCUUUAGGGCACAGAACCACAAGUUAUUACCUAAAUCUCAUUCUUGUCUUUCACAGUAAUGUAAAACGUUUUCCUACCCCCAUUCUGAAUACAUUAAAAUAUCAUUCUAUAUGUUGAUGAAACAGAUUUUGAAGAAACAUUUCUUUAUAAUAAAUUAUUUAAUUCUAGCUCUCUCUGUUAUUCACCAGCAUUUUUUGUUUUUAAGUAGUUGGAAACUAUGUAUUCUCUGCUGUGGGCAUUACUUUAUCCUUAUGGCAUCGUUAUGCAGUUUAACUGUGGAAAGUUAGGUAAUUGCUCCUAUUCCUUCCAAAGGAAGAUUAUAAUGUAUGCUAUCAAAAUUAUUCUGACAUUCUGCCUAGGUUUUUAGUGUUUAGGACUCUGUCCUGUGCUUUUAAAUAAAUUUCUCUCAUUGUAUUAA